UAUAUUGUUUUGAACUUAAUUUUUACAAUUUAUGAGUUAUGAACUCUCAGAAUAUUCGUUUGAGUUUUGGUGAUUUAAGAAAUUUAUCUCAAGAUGAGUUCCAAAUAUUGCCGUCAAAUCGGAUUUUGCAGAUUUGUAUUAUAUCCUUUUGAAAUUAGGUGUUUAAGGAUAGUGAGUGGUGUAAACAAUGAUUUGGUUUUGGCAAUCAAACCACUAGCUUUCUGCUUGAAUUUGUGAUGUCUUCAAAUUAUCGUCAUACAAAAAGAUGCAAUGAAGCUAAGCCACCAAGGUACAUAGUAGCAAACAAGCACGAUGAACAAGAUGUAGUGAAUUUUACUUUGAGAACGAUGUCUGCUCAGGAUAGACUAAGGGAGGCCAACACCCAUUAUCUGCAAACAUUCAUGACCUAUUUGCAAGACUAUGUUAUAAAGAUAGUAUCAUGCCUUGAUAAUUCACUCGAUGAGAUUACAUUAAACCAGUUAAAAAACAUCACAUCAAAUCUAUACGAACUAACAUCAACCCUGUCUAACAUUGCACGAGAAAUCCAGUCAUCUAGCGUUUAUAUCAUCUUAGAAGCAGACCUAAGAAUAGUGGAGCAACACUAUCUAUUUUUUCAGAAUAGCGAUAAAAGAGAAUCACGUCUACAGGAGCGAUUCGGUGAAGUACUCAAUAAACUUUUUUGCAAUUGUCAGAAAUUGCAGCGAAUGGUUAUAGCGCUGAUUAUCAACAAUAUUCAGGAUUUUACGUUCUCCAGUUCAAUUGAUUGUGAUGGUUUGAAUAAAGUUCUUCAUUGUUUAUGCUGCGUUGGAGAGUUUGUUUCACUCGUAGACGUUAAAUCGACAGCUGAGAUAUGGAAAUGCAUUUCUAGACUGGGCACCGAGAGUUCGAACUAUGUAGUAGCGGAAGGAGUCCCAAUUCCCUGGCUACAUAAUGCAGUUGAAUUCUUAUGCACUGAAAUAGUACAAAGUGUGACGAUUAUUCUAGAUAAUCUGAACGAGGAUGAUGCUCAGUUUUUGGCAAAGCUUGAAAGGAUUCUCAAAGUGAGUUCCUUUUAUUUGAAGAUCGUCAUAAAGUUUGCAUCGGAUUUCGGGCCGCAAGGAUUUCAAGGGUUUGAAUAUGUCCUGAAAUUAAGUAUGACGUUGAAUAGUUUGCCCGAAAGUAUUAAGAACUUGAAAAUGGGACAGAAUAUCAAACAGUACCUGACGAUUGGCGUCAACAAUUUAAUCAGCGAAAUUUAUAAGAGCCCCAAAUUUGAAAAGGCAUUAUUGGACUAUGAGAUAAUAGAUGCAGAAGGAUUUCAAGCUUUUUGUACAGUUUCCGUUGAAAUUAUGGAAUUGAUUAUUGAGGAUGGUGAUCCAUCUGUGAUGGAUUUAUACUUUCGGAAAAAGAAUCAUAUUAUUGGGAAAUUUUUGGAUGCAACAUCAUUAUACACCAAUGCUUGUCUGCAACAAAAUACCUACGAAUGUCUAAUUACAACAACAGCAGCCACAAUAAUUUCAGCCAGUGGAAAUGAAAACAUUCUCAAAAGUUUCGAAGACCUUCUUCUAAACGGAAUACUUGGAGAAAGUAUGAUGCGUGCCUUAAUGUCUUGUGAUGUAAUGUGCAUUAUUUUUCGAUUUGCUAAGGAAAAUGUUCGCCGUGACUAUUUUAAAUUCUACUUAAAACUCAAUCUAGCUCUUCCAACGUUCUCAACUGGUCCCAAGGCAAUUUUUAUAAAUUUCCUAUUGCGAAGCUUCUAUGCAGUGCUGUCUUCUGAACAAAGGGGAAAAUGGCUAGAGGAAUAUAUAAAUGAUGGCUCAUCAGAUGCUAAUACGCGUGUGAAACUUGGACUCAUUUUGGAUGAUUGCAGAGCAGAACAAAUUCCUAGAUUAGCAGAUGCUGUGACACGUAUUGAGACAGAAUUAUGCUCAAACGUACAAAACUUUUUACAAAGUCCUUCGAAACAUUCAUAUUACAAAUUAGCGAAGAGUUUGCUCUUAAGUAAUCCGAAAGAUGUAGACAGUGCCUUACUCGAUCAGAUCGGAAAUAUCUGGAUAAAAUUAUUAGAAAACUCCAAUGGAUCUUAUCAUAGCACUCACGUAUUGAAAAGAUGCUUAUCAAGCUUUUUUACGAGAAAACAAAGCAUUCCAAAAAGUUUUUUGAACGAAUUAGAUUGUAGAGUUUUGCGAAGAAUUGAUCAAUUGUACAUAAUUAAGCCUAUCCUGAUCUCAUAUACUAAGGACAAGGACAAUGAAGCAAAAUAUUGUAAAGUAUUAAACUCGCUCAUCGAGUGCGACAACAACCUAUUAACUUUUAUGUUAUAUUACUCAAAAAAUAGUCAGUUACCUGCCAGUCUCUGCAGAGGAGCACUUCCAGUCAAUCCAUCAAUCAAAGGAAAUUAUAUCUCAGAAUUAGGAAGAAAUUCUUUUCAACAUUCUUGCAGGAUUGCUCCAAAGCUAAACAAGAAAACUAACAAUGAAUGCCUUGAGAUUGCCAAUCCCCCAAAAAGACUACGACUGAAUGAAAUCCAACCACAAUGCUCUCUUUUAAAAGACGGUAAACGAAUUGCAGUAGAAAUAAGUGAAUUUUAUAAAAGUAGGGAAGUAAAUGAAGACGAUUGGAAAGAUAUUAAGGAAAUUGUUAAUAUUUAUAGUCAAAUAGGAAAAUUUAAAAAUAAAUAA